GAAUGGAGGUGAUCGACUGGAAGCAAAUAUUGGACACCGGCGAGAAGAUCGGUCGCUCGUUCUUCAAAAUUAAUCGAUAAAUCAACUUCAAAUCUAACAUUUCCUGCCGAUUUACAAUUGCAAUUUCGGAUCAAUCACAUCAAAUUUACACAAAAACAGUCUCAAAAUGUCGUGGCAAACUUACAUUGAUGAGCAUUUAAUGUGUGACAUCGAUGGCAGUGGUCAACAUCUCUCUUCCGCUGCCAUCUUCGGUACCGAUGGCACCGUCUGGGCUAAGAGCACUUCCUUCCCCCAGUAUAAAACCGAAGAGACCAAUUCUAUUAUCAAAGAAUUCAAUGAAGCAAGUCAUCUGGCUCCAACUGGUUUAUUCCUGGGGGGUGCAAAGUACAUGGUGAUCCAAGGAGAGGCUGGAGCUGUCAUUCGUGGUAAAAAGGGAGCUGGAGGGAUAUGUGUGAAGAAAACAACUCGAGCCAUGGUGUUUGGGUUGUAUGAUGAGCCAGUCGCACCUGGACAAUGCAACAUGGUUGUUGAAAGGUUGGGUGAUUAUUUGUUGGACCAGGGCCUAUAGGGUCCACAAAGGUCUUCUUGUUAUUCAAACACUUAUGUAUACAUAUGUUUUGUGUCUAUACUCUAUACUCUCUUUCACAAAUUGGGAUACAUGAUUUUUUUGGAGUUGUGAUGUGAUGUUAUUAUAUAUGUAUCGUUGCAAUGAGUCGAAAAGGUUGAAUACCUUGUACUCUAAAUGGACGAGAAGGCUUAUUAUGUGAACAACAGAUAUCUCGUAGUAAAAAUUGAUAUUCUUUUGGUA